AUGGAAGGAAGAGGCACCAGACAGAGGAGGAGCCCAGUGUUGAACAGGCCAAAUGCCGCAAAGCGGCAUCUGCAGCAGCAGCAGCAGCAGCAGGAGGCAGAUUUCCAUGACAAGAAGGUCAUCGCGUCGACCUACUUCAGUAUCGAAGCGUUUCUCGUGCUUGCCUGCCUCGCAGUGUCGUUGCUCAUACUGCCAUUGGUACUGCCGCCAUUGCCGCCGCCACCAUCGCUGCUGCUAUGGUUGCCAGUCUAUUCUCUUGAUGAGUGCCUCUGGUUAGGGGAGAGCACCAUCAUUGAGAGCAUGAGGCAGUUUGUGCGUGCUGUCGUCGAGGUGUUCGGCGAUGAGUACCCCCGUGCUCCGAACGAGGAGGACACUGCUCACUUGUUUGAUAUGAACCAGCGAAGAGGGUUCCUCGGGAUGCUGGGAAGCAUUGACUGUAUGCAUUGGAGGUGGAAGAAAUGUCCGACGGCGUGGUCGGGUUCUUUCACCAGCCAUGUGAACGCACCGACGAUCAUUCUAGAGGCAGUGGCUUCACAGGACCUGUGGAUUUGGCAUGCCUUCUUUGGAAUACCAGGUUCUUUGAACAACAUCAACGUGCUACACCGUUCACAUCUCCUCGACAACCUUGCCGCCAGCGAGGCACCCAAGGUACAAUACUCCAUUAAUGGACACCAUUACACCAUGGGGUAUUACCUUGCAGACGGCAUCUAUCCGAAGUGGGCUACGUUCGUGAAGCCCAUACAAUCUCCUAUUGGGAGGAAGUGGCAGCACUUCGUGGUCCAACAGGCGGUAGCCCGAAAGGAUGUCAAAAGGGUCUUCGGAGUCUUGCAGGCCCGGUUUCCCAUAGUGCGGGGAGCAGCAAGGUUCUGGGAUCAGGAGACCCGCAAUGACAUAAUGACCGCCUGCAUUGUCAUGCACAACAUGAUAAUCGAAGAUGAAAGACCGGAGGGGGAAGUCAAACACGUGUACGAGGGUGCUGGAAAGCUGGAAUCUCAAACUUAG